AUUCACACAUCACUUGGUUCCACCUCUUGUAAAUUGAUGUUUCUAAUUGGACAAUGAAAUGAGUCUAUACUUGGUGUAUAAAAUAAGACUAUAAGAAUAACUUAGAUAUGCUUUAUUAUAAUUGACGGCAAGUUGGCAAUUGACAAUUGACAAGCUCCUGUGAUGCCUCCUUCACAACUGUGAGCUGCACUUCCCACAACUCUGACUGUCCAUCUCUCUCCGUUUCCCUGUGGGCAUCUCCCUGCUUCCCGUGUCUGCCAUCCCCCUGCUGUUUGACUCAUGCAUGCCAUUUCAGCCUCUUCCAUCUCUGUUUUAGGCCUCGGCCACGGAAGCUGACCGUUCCUGCCCGGGCAACAGGCUUUUGCCGUUCUUGCAAUUCAUGCAGAAUUGAGACUUGAAACGCAAGCAGGCUGCUGCUUCUGUCUGUCUUUCUUUCUUCCUCAAUUCCAGAAGGUCUACCACGCAGUCCAGAUCGCGACUGCCCUUGCGUUCCUUGUCAUUUUGAGGAAAGCAGUGAGGUUUGUGUGAUACCAUUCCUGCAGCAGAGAAGAAGGGUAAAAACAGCACACAUAGUAGGAGAUUGCACUGUAGAUGGAGUACGCUUGGCCUGGCUUGUACGACGCCGGAGACGCCGUCCGCAGGGCGGCGUCACUAUCCGGGCCUUAUCUCCUCUGCGCGUUGGCCUUCUGGUUUCUGUGGGAGCAGCUGUCGUAUCUCCGCAAGAAAGGGCCGCUGCCGGGGCCGCUCUUCGUUGUCCCCUUCCUCGGCAGCGCACUGCCGAUGAUUCUGAACCCUACGGGAUUCUGGUCGCAGCAGGCCACCGUCGCCCGCGACCUCGGCGUCUCCGCCAACUUCCUUGUGGGGCGCUUCAUCGUCUUCGUGCGCUCCACCGAGCUAUCCCACAAGGUGUUCGCCAACGUCCGCCCCGACGCCUUCCACCUCGUCGGCCACCCCUUCGGCAAGAAGCUCUUCGGCGAGCACAACCUUAUCUACAUGUUCGACCAGAAGCACAAGGACCUCCGCCGCCGCAUCGCUCCCAAUUUCACCCCUCGCGCCCUUUCCACCUACAUCGACAUUCAGCAGAGAGUCAUCGUCGCUCACAUCCGCAAGUGGCUCGCCCUCUCCGACUCCUCCCCCAAACCUGUCCCGCUCCGCAUCCUCUGCCGCGAUCUCAACCUCGAGACCUCGCAGACCGUCUUCGCAGGGCCCUACCUCACCCCGGCCGCGCGCGAGCAGUUCAACCGCGACUACAACCUCUUCAACGUCGGCCUCAUGGCCAUCCCCUUCGACCUCCCCGGCUCCGCCUUCCGCAACGCGCGCCUCGCCGUCUCCCGCCUCGCCCAAACCCUCUCCGGCACUGUCGCCCUAAGCAAAUCUAGCAUGCGAUCCGGCGCCGAGCCCACCUGCCUCAUCGAUUUCUGGAUGCAGGACUCCCUGCGCGAGAACGCGGAGGCUGAGGCCGCCGGCAAGCCGCCUCCACAGGAGUCGAGCGACAUCGAGAUCGGCGGCCACCUGUUCGACUUCCUAUUCGCGGCGCAGGACGCGUCGACGUCGUCUCUCCUAUGGGCGGUGGCGGCGCUGGAUGCUCACCCGGAGGUCCUCGCAAGGGUACGAGCGGAGGUCUCGGCGCUAUGGUCGCCCGAGUCAGGGCUCCCGAUCACGGCGGAGCAAAUCCGGAAGAUGCGGUACACGGAGGCGGUGGCGCGGGAGGUAGUGCGGUACCGACCGCCGGCGACGAUGGUCCCGCACAUCGCCAGCGAGCCGUUCCAGCUGACGGAGUGGUACACGGUUCCAAAGGGCGCGAUCGUGUUUCCAUCAGUAUUCGAGUCGUCGUUCCAGGGCUUCACGGAGCCUGAGCGAUUCGAUCCGGAGCGGUUCUUCUCGGAGGAGCGGGCGGAGGACCGCGUCUACAAGCGCAACUUCCUGGCCUUCGGGGCGGGCGCGCACCAGUGCGUGGGGCAGCGCUACGCCAUCAACCACCUCCUCCUCUUCAUCGCCCUUUUCGUCUCCCUCGCCGACUUCAAGCGCCACCGCACCGACGGCUGCGACGACAUCGCCUACGUUCCGACUAUCGUGCCCCGUGACGACUGCACCAUCUUCUUGGGCCCGCGCCGGGUCCCGCCGUCUUAGCCAAUCCCCGCGUCUGUAAUUCUUGGGUGGAUAAUUGUUAAUUGAUUGGGUGUUUACUUCAUGUUAACGACAAGUGUCAUUCGUUCUGUUCAGUCUGCGUGCUGCAUCGUUUUCUUGUAUGGGCCAUUUUAUUAGUUUUUAA